AUGGGUAAUACGAAAGUAAUUGCAGCUGUUUAUGGUCCAAGAGAGAUUCAAAACAAGAGCCAACAACAAAAGCAUGAUCGUGCAUUGGUGUUGUGUGAGUAUAGUAUGGCUCAGUUUAGUACUGGUGAUCGUAGAAGACAGAAACAAGACAGGCGAACAACAGAGCUAUCGUUAGUCAUCCGUCAGACAAUGGAAGCGUGCAUAUUAACGGAAUUGAUGCCUCAUUCUCAGAUUGUUUCUUUUAUUAUGCAUAUUGAUAUUUUCCUUCAAGUUCUACAAGCUGAUGGAGGAACACGAUCAGCGUGUAUCAAUGCCGCGACUCUAGCUCUUGCAGACGCUGGAAUUCCAAUGCGUGACCUUGCUGUCUCCUGUAGUGCUGGAUACUUAAACAGUACUCCUCUUCUCGAGUUAAGAGCUAAUGAAAUUUCCAUAUCAGAUCUUAACUAUGUCGAAGAUAGCGCUGGAGGAGCUGAUGUGACUGUCGGUAUUCUACCUAAAACAGACAAAGUUACACUCCUUCAGGUACUUGAAGAAAACACCAAACAGCUAGAGUAUCGUCGAGCUGCAUAA